AUGGCAUUGCCGAAGCUGAUUAUCAACGGCGAUAGACUGAACAGCACUCUCCAGAGUACCUGCUCGCAAUGGGGAGCAUUGUCGACAGGCACUGGUAUGUGCCGCCUCAGCCUAACCGCAGAGGAUAAGGAAGUUCGAGACUGGCUGGUAGAAGAAUGUCGCGACUUGGGCUGCGAUAUCAAGAUCGACCAAAUGGGAAAUGUGUUCGCUACGCGUCCAGGCGCGGCGAAGGAUCGUAAUCCAAUUGCUAUGGGCAGCCACAUGGAUACACAACCCGCUGGUGGACGAUACGACGGUAUCCUCGGUGUCCAGGCAGCUCUCGAAGUCCUCCGUACGCUUCAUGAGAACCACAUUGAAACGCAUUGCCCAAUUGCGCUCAUCGACUGGACAAAUGAAGAAGGAGCGCGGUUCCCAGGUGCAAUGAUGGCCAGCGGCGUGUGGAGUACAAAGAGUAGCACACCACUCGAGGCAUGCUGGAAUCUACAAGACAAAGAGGGUGUGUGCAUGAAAGAUGCUCUAAAGCAAAUUGGUUACCUCGGAGAUACACCAUGCGAUUACCGCGCAAACAGUCUGGAGUGUCAUUUUGAAUUGCACAUCGAGCAAGGGCCAGUAUUGGAAGAGGAGGGUAAGAGCGUUGGUAUUGUCACGUCCGUGCAAAGUAUGAAGUGGUUCAGCAUCCGUGUCGAGGGCGUGGAGGGUCAUUCGGGAACGACUCCCAUGGCCCGCCGCGCAGAUGCCUUGGUAACGGCAUCGCGUCUCAUUACAGCCGUACGUGAUUCUGCACUCAGCACGAAGCUAGGCGUUGCCACUGUCGGUGUGAUUGGUAGCGACACUUCGAGCCAGGCGACCAUUCCCGCUGGAGUGACCUUUAUCAUCGACAUUCGCUGCUCAACAGAUGAGAUGGUAGAACAGCUUGCGACACAAACAUUUGCAGCCUUUGAUGGAAUUAUUGCGGAUGAGUCUAACGGCACGGCAUACAAAAUUGAACGUUCCUGGGGCCUGCCCGAAAGUCAGUUCCAUCCACAAUGCAUCGAGGCAGUGCGCGAUGCUGCAACUCGCCAAGUCGGCGAAGACCAAGUCAUAGAGAUGAAGAGCAAAGCAGGACAUGACAGUGCAUGGUCGGCGCGAGUCUGUCCAACCAGUAUGAUCUUUGUUCCAAGCAAAGAUGGAAUCAGUCAUAACCCGUACGAAUAUACCAGUCCAGAACACUGUGCGCUAGGAGCGCAGGUCCUAUUGGAUGCCGUAUUGUACUACGAUGAGAAAGUCAAAAGUGGAGAUUAUUGA